UAGAUGGUUAGAUUUGCGGAAAACCUAAAAUUUGUCUAGCCGCCGCAUUCGAGGUCCGAGUUCACUGAGACAGAGACAUGGGUGACGAAGUUAAGGCUGUGAUUCCUGAGUCGCUCUUGAAGAAGCAGAAGAGGAAUGAAGAAUGGGAGCUUGCCAAAAAGCAGGAGAUUGAAGUUUUAAAGAAGAAGAAAGUCCAGAGCCGCAAGUUGAUUUACGCUAGGGCUAAGCAAUAUGCAAAAGAGUACGAGUCUCAGGAAAAAGAGUUGAUUAAAUUGAAGCGGGAGGCAAAGUUGAAAGGAGGAUUCUAUGUCGAUCCAGAAGCUAAGCUUUUGUUUAUCGUUCGAAUCCGUGGUAUCAAUGCCAUGCAUCCUAGGACGAGAAAGAUCUUGCAGCUCUUGCGAUUGAGACAGAUUUUCAAUGGUGUUUUUCUUAAAGUGAACAAGGCAACAAUGAACAUGCUUCACCUGGUUGAACCUUAUGUGACUUAUGGAUACCCUAAUCUCAAGAGUGUGAAGGAAUUGAUUUACAAAAGAGGUUAUGGGAAGUUGAACAAGCAGAGAGUUGCUUUGACUGACAAUGCAAUCGUUGAGCAGGCUCUGGGCAAGUUUGGCAUCAUCUGUGUGGAAGAUCUCAUCCAUGAGAUCAUGACUGUGGGGCCUCAUUUUAAGGAGGCCAACAACUUUCUCUGGCCCUUUAAGCUCAAGGCACCAUUGGGUGGUCUGAAGAAGAAGAGAAACCACUACGUUGAAGGAGGAGAUGCUGGCAACCGUGAGAAUUACAUCAAUGAGCUAAUUAGGAGAAUGAAUUAAGCCUGUUUUUAUCUGUGAAGUUAGUGGUUGAUAUCUUUUUGGUUCAUUUGGAAGGGUCCUUAUCUUAGUUUCUUUUGGAAGUUAGAAACAGUUUGUGUUAAAAGCAUGAAUAUUUGCAUUUUGUUAAUUGUUACCAUUAUUCUCCUUUGUGACUGAGCUUUCUCAAAGUUUUGUGCCUUAAGAAAUUUUAUUGCUAAUACUUCACAUGAUUAUUUAUUA